GCCGUCGCGCUCGUACAUCUCCCCGUCUGCCAGACGCCAUCGACCGCCUCAUUUGCAUACGUAAAUCUAUCGGCCGUGUGACAAUGGCGCCGAUACUGCUGAGUCGGCCCCCCCCCCCCGCGCGCACGCACACGCCACGCUCCUGAUGGAGCCCUCAUCCGGUCUGACAGCCGACAACAACGCUAACUUCUCACGGCUACCACCCUAUGCUACCUCUUAGCUGGCUAAGCUAGUCACUCAUUUGUUUGCUAGCUAACGAGUUUGUUACUCAGCUACAGUCAGCGAGCUAAUAGCUACUUUAGCUAUUUGGUAAGUAAGUUAUUAUUCAUUAGCUAACUAAUGAAUGAUGCGGGAAACAAAUGAGCUAAUGCAGCUAAGUAGCGAGCUAACCCAGUACCAAGCUACCCAAUUAGCUAACAAACUAGCUAACUAACUACUUAACCGAUAUGAAACAAAUUAGCUUGCAAACAUGCUAGUAUUAUUAAAGCUGUUUAACUUAUUGACAAACAAGGUUGCUAACUAGCUAACAAACUAGCCAGUACCUAAAUUGCUAUAGUCAACGAGUUUGGUUUGCUAACUAUUAGUUAGCCAGUUUAUUCAUUAGAAUUUUAUUAACUAGUUUGUUAGCUUGUUUGUAUGCUAGCUACGUUUUUUUAUGUUACAUAGCUAGCUAGUUUGUGAGCUACUUUGAUGGUGAAUUAGUUUGUUAGUUAGAUCAUUUGUUUGCGGGCUAGUUUCAGAUAUUUGGUUAGCUAAUGAAUUUGUCAGCUAACUUGCUAGGUUGCUAGCUUGUUUGUAUGCUAGCUACGUUUUUUCAUGUUACAUAGCUAGCUAGUUGGUGAGCUGCUUUGAUGGUGAAUUAGUUUGCUAGUUAGAUCAUUUGUUUGCGGGCUAGUUUCAGAUCAUUUGUUAGCGAAUUAAUUUGUCAGCUAACUUGCUAGGUUGUUUGGUGGUUCAUUUAAAAGCUAUUUAGCAAGGUAGUUAGCUAUUUUUGCUAAUUUGUUUAUAUAUUAGCUUUGGUCAAUUAGUUUUUUUAUAUGUCAUCCAUUUGUUCAUAAUUUGUUUUGCUAAUUUAUUAGUCAGGUAGCUAGCUAGCCGGUUAGAUAGUAGGUGUAUUAGUUUGCUAGCCAAUUAAUUUUCUCGUUGUUUAGCUUGUAAAACUGUGAAUUAGUCAGCAAAUAAUUUGCUAGUUAGCUAUUUCUCUCGCUUGCUAGCUAGUGUAUAAUUAGCUUUUUAGCUAUAUAGUUAUGGUGGUCCCACAUGGUCCUAGGAUGUACUAUAAUGGAGACGCUGGAGAGGAGGGACACCCGCGGUCAUGAUGUGCUAGCAUGCUAAUGCUAAUGUUCGCUACUUGUCGCGACCCGUUCUCUGUUUGCGGUGGGGGUGUUCGGGGUCCGCAGGAGAAGGUUCUGGCGGGAGCAGAAGGAGACCAAGGGCCUGGGCGGGCGUCCUGCAGGUGUCUUCCUGUCCCGUCCAAAGAUGAAAGCGUGACAGGAAGCUGUCGUCAGGAAUUUUGGCGAGGCGAUGAGGAAAAGUAGAUUUAGUGCAGAAGGAGCGGAGGAGGCGCCGAUCCGUUUAUUGACGAGCCUUCAGCGCCGCUCAUCACCUCAAGUGGUCCGGACCCCGACGCAAACCGUCUCUGAUGUUUGGUGACACCUUCAAAGCGGGGCGGCCGCCCGGCCUUCAUCACGCCGCUGAGGAAGAGGAGGAGCGCUAACCUUUUCCUUCAUGACUUCAAUCAAAAUGUAAAUGGCCGCCGCCAUCGAUUGGACCGCUCGCCGCCUUCUAGCGCCGCGUACGCCGCUUCUGCGCUUCUUGACAGGAGCAGGGUGCCGGAGGAGAAGCAGAGCAUGAUGGAACGGAGUUCUUUAAAGAAGACCAAGUGGAGACCUACAGGAGGACCGUAGACCGUACCAUGUGAUCCAUCCACCCUCCUCCGCUUGCCCCCAGCUGCUUCGUCCUGCUCCUCCUGGUGGAUCCUGGGUCUUCACCGAGGCCUCCUACCGGUUUAGACGUGCCCUGAACACCUCCUCAUCCGGACCAGGUGCUCCAGCCAUCCUAUGUGGGAUUCAGGCUUUUCCUGAAUCCAUGACCAGGACGGAAACCCAGUCAUGCAUUCAGGUUUUUCCUGAAUCUAUGACCAGGAUGGAAACCUAUCAGCUAUCAGCUAUUGAUGCUAAUGAUGCUAUCAGCUAGUGAUGCUAAUGAUGCUAUCAUCGAGAGAUGCUAAUGGUGCUAUCAGCCAGUGAUGCUAAUGCUAAUGAUGCUAUCAGCUAGUGAUGCUAAUGAAUCGGAAACCUGAAUCCAUGACCAGGUUUCCGUCCUGGUCAUGGAUUCAGGCUUUUCCUGAAUCCUUGACCAGGAUGGAAACCCAGUCAUGGAUUUAGGCUUUUCCUGAAUCCAUGAUCAGGACAGAAACCCUGUCAUGGAUUCAGACUCUUUCUGAAUCCAUGACCAGGAAGGAAACCCGGUCAUGGAUUCAGGUUUUUUCCUGAAUCUAUGACCAGGAUGGAAACCUGAAUCGGAAACCUGAAUCCAUGACCUGAAUCCAUGACCGUCCUGCUCAUGGAUUCAGGCUUUUCCUGAAUCCUUGACCAGGAUGGAAACCCAGUCAUGGAUUUAGGCUUUUCCUGAAUCCAUGACCAGGACGGAAACCCUGUCAUGGAUUCAGACUCUUUCUGAAUCCAUGACCAGGAAGGAAACCCGGUCAUGGAUUCAGGCUUUUCCUGAAUCCAUGACCAGGAUGGAAACCUGAAUCGGAAACCUGAAUCCAUGACCAGGUUUCUGUCCUGGUCAUGGAUUCAGGCUUGUCCUGAAUCUGAGACUCAACGACCCGGCGUGGCCUCCUCUCCAGGACCGGUCCACAGACCUUAGCAGGAAGACUAGGUAGUGCUGGAACGGACCAUCCAGUCCCCAGGCACCGCCUCCUCAUUGGAAGACGCUUAUUCUUUGGCUUUUAUGUGACUUUUGGGGUUUUAAGUCUGCGAUCAACAGGACCAAGCAGCCCCCCCCCCGUCAGUCCUCCAGCCUGCGGGGGCCAAAGACGCGUCAGCGUUGAAAAUCAGGACUAUUUUCUUAAUUUGUCUCGGUGUUGACAUUUGAGCGCUGAUGUAUUUUGUUGUUUUCCUCCUGAGGUUUGAUGCCGUGCUGACCUUUGUGUUUGGAGAUGUUUUCCUCCGUGGCGCCGUGUUGGCCGCCCUCAAAACAAAUCACCGCUCUUCUUCUCAUUAGCGCCUUAGCGUGUCAGAGCUGUCAGGCGCCGCUCGUACGCCCGCGUUGCCUCACCUUUACGCCGCCAUCAUUAGCGCGUUAGCGGGCUUAGCGCGCACACCUCGCAGCUAGGAGGCCCGGGUUCGAUUCCACCCUCGGCCAUCUCUGUGUGGAGUUUGCAUGUUCUCCCCGUGCAUGCGUGGCUUUUCUCCGGGUACUCCGGUUUCCUCCCACAUUCCAAAAACAUGCUAGGUUAAUUAGCCACUCCAAAUUGUCCAUAGGUAUGAAUGUGAGUGUGAAUGGUUGUUUGUCUAUAUGUGCCCUGGGAUUGGCUGGCCACCAGUCCAGGGUGUACCCCGCCUCUUGGACCUAGACAGCUGGGAUAGGCUGGUUUGAUGAAAAAAAAUUUUUUUUCCGAUAUCGAUAUGUGUAAGAUGAUCGGCUUUCAUUCUCAGUGGGAAAAAAAAAAUUCCAUACCGACCGAUAUUUAUCCUACAUCCCAAGAAUAUAUUUAUUUUUCUUUAUUUUUUUCAUAUUCCAAAUCUGCUACAAAUGAUAUUUAGAUUAUUGUAGUAAAUGUUCUGGCGAUACGACAACUUUAUUCCCGCAACAAUCCUGCAACCUAAUUUUACACAAAUGCUAACUUAGUUUUGACUGUCGUAAUACUGCGUCCUUAACAAAAUGCUUUAAAAAAAUUUCUCCCAAUACUGCAAAAACAAAUGAAGUGAAAAUAUUUCGAGAAAAAAAGGCAUUUUAGGAGCAUAAACUCCAAAUAAUAUGAGCAAAAAAAGAUGACAUUUUAUAAGAACUAAGUAAAAGUAGCCAGAGAAAAAAAUCGGAAUAUUAAAAGGAAAAAAAAUACAUUUUAGGUCCGCGCCCAAACUCCAAAUAAUACGAGCAAAAAAAGAUGACAUUUUAUAAGAACUAAGUAAAAGUAGACAGAAAAAAAGUCAAAAUCUAAAAAAAAAAAAAAAAAGGAAAUUUUAAGAAAAUUAAGUGAAAAUAUUUAGAGGGACAAAAUACUUAAAAAAAAUUCUCCCAAUACUGCAAAAACAAAUGAAGUGAAAAUAUUUUGAGAAAAAAAGGCAUUUUUUUGGAGCAUAAAGUCCAAAUAAUACAAGCAAAAAAAUGACAUUUUAUAAGAACUAAGUAAAAGUAGCCAGAGAAAAAAAUCGGAAUAUUAAAAGGAAAAAAAAUACAUUUUAGGUCCGCGCAUAAACUCCAAAUAAUACGAGCAAAAAAAAUGACAUUUUAUAAGAACUAAGUAAAAGUAGACAGAAAAAAAGUCAGAAUAUUAAAAGAAAAUGGAAAUUUUAAGAAAAUUAAGUGAAAAUAUUUAGAGGGACAAAAUACUUAAAAAGAAAAAUUCUCCCAAUACUGCGAAAACAAAUGAAGUGAAAAUAUUUUGAGAAAAAAAAGGCAUUUUUUUUUAGCAUAAACUCCAAAUAAUACGAGCAAAAAAAGAUGACAUUUUAUAAGAACUAAGUAAAAGUAGACAGAGAAAAAAAUCGGAAUAUUAAAAGGAAAAAAAAUACAUUUUAGGUCCGCGCAUAAACUCCAAAUAGUCCGAGCAAAAAAGAAGUAAGUAUAGAACUAUAGAAAGUAUAGAACUAAGUAUACUUUGCCAGAAGAAAAGUCAGAAUAUGCAAAGAAAAAAAAAAAGGAAAUGUUAUGAAAAUGAAGAUAAAAUACUUGGGACUGGCGAGUGUUUUUGUAGAAGGUAGAAGAUAGAAAUGAGAGCAAGAGGACGUUUGUUUGGCACCAACGUUUAUGGCGGACAACAAAAAGUGUCUUUCACAGUUUAAGGUGGUUGCAUAAGAUGAAGCAGCAGAUGAGACGCAUGUAAACAGGAAGUGGAGAUAUGACUAAAAGCUGUUUUGAUCAUCCAUGAGAUGUAUCGGGAUGCAUAGUGAAAACGUGCGGCGCCGCCACCGCCGCCGCCGCCGGAGGAGGAGGAGCUACCAGCCGUCCACCUCCACGCCGAAAGGCUCUUUCACGCCGAUGCGGCCGCUGUUCACCACCACGCACUCGGCGUACGGCAGGUUCCUCUCGUCCGUGUCCUGCAGCUCGAUGGUGUGAACGACAGACUGGCGGAGAACACAGUUGGGUUAUUUUCAUGACGCGCCAACGUGUGCACGUGUGAACGCACCAUCCCGUCCAGGACUUUGCCAAACACCACAUGUUUGUUAUCCAGCCACGGGGCUUUGGUGGCCAGGAUGAAGAACUGGGAGCCGUUUGUGUCUGGACCCGCGUUGGCCAUGCUCACCUGGCGCACACACACGUUAGCACGUUUAGCUUAGUGUCAGUCCAACUCAUUUAUCAAGUCCAUUUAGGAGGCUAAAGGAAAAUACAGACGGCCUUUUUAGGAGAAUCAAUUCCAAAUAUUCUUGGAAAAAAUGAAGAAAUCUUACCCGAAUUAAGUGAAAAUAUUUAGAGGGAAAAUUAAGAGAAAAUAUUUAGAGAAAAAAAAAGACAUUUUAGGACCACAAACUCCAAAUAAUACGAGCAAAAAAAAUAGACAUUUUACAAGAACUAAGUAAAAGUAGCCAGAGAAAAAGUCAGAAUAUUAAAAGAAAAAAAAGGAAAUUUAAAGAAAAUUCAGUGAAAAUAUUUAGAGAAAAAAAAAUACAUUUUAGGAGCAUAAACUUCAAAUAAUACGGGCAAAAAAGAUGACAUUUUACAAGAAUUAAGUAAAAGUAGUCAGAGAAAAAGUCAGAAUAUUAAAAGGGAAAAAAAAGAAAAAGUCAGAAUAUUAAAAGGAAAAAAAAGGAAAUUUUAGGAAAAUUAAGUGAAAAUAUUUAGAGAAAAAAAAAUACAUUUUAGGAACAUAAACUCCAAAUAAUACGAGCAAAAAAUUUGACAUUUUACAAGAACUAAGUAAAAGUAGCCAGAGAAAAAGUCAGAAUAUUAAAAGGGAAAAAAAAGAAAAAGUCAGAAUAUUAAAAGGGGGAAAAAAAGGAAAUUUUAGGAAAAUUAAGUGAAAAUAUUUAGAGAAAAAAAUGACAUUUUAGGAACAUAAACUCCAAAUAAUACGAGCAAAAAAUUUGACAUUUUACAAGAACUAAGUAAAAGUAGCCAGAGAAAAAGUCGGAAUAUUAAAAGGGAAAAAAAAGAAAUUCUAGGAAAAUUAAGUGAAAAUAUAACAAAAUAAUUCAAAAAAAAUAAGACAAUAAAGUUAAAAUAUGAGAAAAACGUGACAAUUUUUUUAACUAAACGAAUAAAAUAAAAAUAUGGUACUUUGUAAAAGUUGUAAUACUGAAAACUGAUGUAUUCUAUUAUGAGGAAAGAUGAUUUUAGGAAAUAAAGGUGAAAUAUCCCAGAAAAAAAUGGCCAUAUUUUCGUAAAAUGAAAGUUCUAAUACUGCGGGAAUAAAGUGGAAAGGUGAUGACCAUCCAAUUGGGGUAGAAAUGGGAGUAAUGGGGUAUUUAUAGAAAUGGGAGUAACUGGGUAUUUAAGGAGUACCACUGAUGUGACCGAUGGCGUCCUACCCACCCAGCCGGCCGAGCUGUGCUUCAGUUUGAAGUUCUCGUCAGCAAAGGUGGUCCCGUAGAUGCUGUGCCCUGAAAGCCACAAGAGCCACGCGGUCACACCUUAGCAUCUACGCUAACACGCUUGCAGCAAAAACACGCCACCGCAGGCCCGACCUCCGGUCCCGUCUCCGGCGGUGAAGUCCCCUCCUUGGAUCAUGAAGUCCUUGAUGACUCGAUGGAACUUGGUGCCUUUGUAGCCGUAACCUUUCUGUGAACAAACAGAGAAUCACAUUUGUUUUCUUUUUUCAUUCAUUCAUUCAUUCAUUCAUUCAUUCACGCACCUCUCCCGUUGCCAGGGCAACAAAGUUACUGACAGUCAGAGGCACCACGUCUCCAAACAGGCCGAUGACGAUACGGCCCACCUCGUGACCUGCCACUGUGAUGUCAAAGAACACCUGGAGACACAAACGAUCACAGGUAUGUUUUUUUUUUUUAAUUGUGAGUAUUAUUAUUAUUGCACCACACCUAGUACAGUCUAAUUAACAAAUUGGAGCGUUGCUAUGCAGGUCACGUGACAACCAUUCCCACAGUAGCUAACAAACUAGGUAAGAGAAUUAGCUAAUGGCAACAUUGUUAUUGUUAUUAUAUGCGUCACACUAGCCUACUACCUAAUUAUUUGGUACAUUAGGUUUAUUAGGUCCUAAUAAAGGAAGUAAGCUAGCGAGCAGUGACGUUUUUAUUGCUGUUGUCACACUGACGUAGAGUAAUAAACAACAUAAACAAGCUAGCCGCGACUACCUGUUCCUUCUCGCGAUAACACCGCAGAGCGUAGCUAUGCAGGUCACGUGACAGCGACGGCGGGACGCCUUCGGGCGGUUCAAUCAUUCGUACAGUAGCUAACAAGGUAAGAGAGCUAGCGGCAACGUUCUUAUUGUUAUUAUAUGCGUCACGCUGACGUACAGGACCUAAUAAACGAGGCAAGCUAGCGAGCGGUGACGUUUUUAUUGCGGUUGUCACACUGACGUAGAGUAAUAAACAAGCUAGCACGUAGCGUAACAAACAACAUAAGCAAGCUAGCGGCGACGACCUGUUCCUUCUCGCGAUAACAACGCAGAGCGUUGCUAUGCAGGUCACAUGACAGGACAGGACGCCUUCAGGCGGGUUCAAUCAUUCCACACCUGAAUCGCCGGCGCCCGUACCGCCAGCACGCCAGCACGCCUACCUUCUCCGUGACCUUGGGCCCGGUCCGCGAAGGCGACGCCGAAUGCGGGGAGGCGGCACCGAGCAGCAGGAGAGCGGCAAACAUCGAGCGGACCGCCAUCUGGUUACCCGCAAGUAGCUGGCCGCUAGCGGCUCUCAGCUGGAAAGAUGUCGGGGAAUCAGAGCUUCAAAGCCGGACACGUCACACGCCACCCCUCCCUGCCUGAAACGCGGCAGCCCCGCCCACCUUUGGAAGCCAGGCGGGAGAGGAAGGCGACAAGGAAGAGAAACAAGGCAGAGUUUGUCAGCUGAUCCACUUCCGUAACUGCAAUGCGAGGAGCAGAGACAACAGCGCCCUCUGCCUGCUGGGAGGACAACAACACGACGGCGUGUCGGCGGCCAUGUUGAAGCCGGGCGAGCCGAGCGCGUCGGCCUUCCUCAAAGUGGACGCGUCGUACUUGCAUCACUGGCAGCAGCUCUUCCCUCACACGCCGCUCAAGCCUCCCCUGCCGCCGCCGCCGCCGCAGGACGCCCUGCGCUCGUCCCGCCUGCACGGACACCUCCUGGCCUCCUCGCACUGCACCUCCUCCUCCUCCUCGGGGGCUGCCGCCCUCACACCCACCUCCUCUUCUGGGCUCGCCCAGCUUCCCGUAACCCAGCAGGCGGCGCUCUAUGGGCAGGCCCUGGCGCCCGGUGGGGAUCUCCUGGUGGUGGCGGGUCCCGUCGCAGAGACCCCGGCGCCCCAGGGCAAGGAGCAGAGCUGCGGGGGGGUGGGGGUGGUGUCGUCCAGCGUGAAGAGCGGCGGCGGCGGCGGUGGUGACGACGAAGGCGGGAAAACGGCGGCGGGGAGGAUGAAGCUGAGCGCCGAGGAGCUGGACUACUUCCUGUACGGACAACAGAGGAUGGAGAUCAUUCCCGUCAGCAACCACAACGGCGAGGCCAACAACCGAUGUGACAUGUGUGCCGACAACCGCAAUGGCGAGUGUCCCAUGCACGGCCCGCUGCACUCCCUGAGGAGGCUGGUGGGGACCAGCAGCGCCGCCGCGCCCGUCGCCCUGCCCGACGUUCCCGAUUGGCUGAGAGAUCUGCCCAGGGAGGUGUGUCUGUGCACCAGCACCGUCCCCGGCCUCGGCUACGGCAUCUGCGCUGCCCAGAGGAUUCCUCAGGGAACCUGGAUCGGCCCCUUCCAGGGCGCCCCCCUCAUGCUGGACAAAGUCCACUUUGGAGCCUCCAAGAACACACGACACCUGUGGGAGAUUUACGACUCCGAGGGAACCCUGUUACACUUCCUGGACGGCAACGACCCGUCCAAGUCCGGCUGGAUGCGAUACAUCCGCUGUGCACGCCACUGUGCCGAGCAGAACAUGAUGGUGGUGCAGUACAGGGCCAGCAUCUUCUACCGGGCGUGCAUGGACAUCCCACGAGGAAGCGAGCUGCUGGUGUGGUACAACGACUCCUACACGUCCUUCUUUGGGAUCCCCCUGCAGUGCGUGGCUCAAGAUGAAAACCUGAACGUUCCCGCCUCGGUGGUGGAGGCCAUGACCCGGCAGGAGAACUUCCCGGCCUUCAACAAGAACGGCAAGCCCUCGCCCUCUGCAGUCCUGCGCUCCACCGUCUUCCCGCAGUCUCCCUGCACCAGAACCUUCUCCCUGCUGGACAAGACCGGAUCCGCCUUCCACUCGGAUUCCUCCUUCGGCCAGCUGGGCUCCAAGAACCAGCGAGUCCUGGCCAGCCCCACGUCCACCAGCCAGCUCAGCACGGAGUUCAGCGACUGGCACCUUUGGAAGUGUGGCCAGUGCUUUAAGACCUUCACCCAGAGGAUCCUCCUCCAGAUGCACGUCUGCCCUCAGAACCCCGACAGGCCCUACCAGUGUGGACAUUGUUCCUUGUCCUUCUCCCAGCCGUCAGAGUUGAGGAACCACGUGGUGACACAUUCCAGCGACCGCCCCUUUAAGUGCGGCUACUGCGGCCGCGCCUUCGCCGGCGCCACCACGCUAAACAACCACAUUCGCACCCACACCGGAGAAAAACCCUUCAAGUGUGAGCGUUGCGACCGCAGCUUCACGCAGGCCACGCAGCUGAGUCGCCACCAGCGGCUUCCUAACGAGUGCAAGCCAGCCAGUGAAGGCGGCGAGUCCAUCGAGGUGGACUAGAAGAGACCGGAAUCCACUCGCCCACCACGAGGACUCUUCCGUACACGUCCAACUCCAGGAGGCCGAAGAUGGCGGCUUCCUCUUCCUUUCUUCUCCCCACCGCCAUGGCGGUUCGUCCAUGGGCCGACCGCUUCCCGACAAAAGGACCAAAGUUCUGCCACGGAGAAGCAAACCUUUCCGCUUUCCCGGCAUCAACCAAAGUAGCGGCGUGGAGAUGACUCAACUUUCCUGGCGCAGCAGCUUUCAUCAGAGUGGAGUCUCCUCUCAACAAACCAAAGAUUGUUCCACGUGCAGCAAACCUUUGUACGCUGUAGCCUGAACCUCCAAAGAAAACUUUAACAAUACCAAAAAAAACACACCAAAGGAGGCGGAGACCAAAGCGAGCACGCCCAUGCAGGGGGCGGGGCUUGAUUGAGCAAGGGAAUAUUUAUGUUGUUAAGAGCACUUUGACAAGUUAUUUAACGUUUAGCUUCACGUCCACCACCAAAGGCGCACCUCAUACACCAAAGUUGACAUUUUGUGCCUGACCAAAAAAAAGCUUUAAUGACGCUAAAGAAAAACAUUUAGCUUAAAAGUCAUCUUAAAAUGUUGUCCUUCACAAACUUUUUACCCAGGGCAACACUUCCGGGUUCAAGCGACUAGUCACGUGACGAGCGAGCAGGAAGUGGCCGCUGAGUAGCAAACUAAGUGUCCAUGCUCACGUUUGCAUGAGUGGAAAAAUAAAAAGUCAGGUCCUGGUUGAAAACAAAGUCUUCUAGUUGACUCGAAACAUUUUUAUUCCAUCUACAUUUACACAGACUCACGGCAGGCUGUGGCGCCGCCCAGUGGCCGACUCCUGUAUAGCAUCAACAUAAAUAAAGAUAAAGACUUUACAUUUCAGGAAAUAUGUUGUAAAACUACACAAACGC